AAUAAUUAUCAGCUUGUUUUGUGUUAAUUAACCUUUCAGUUCUUUUUUUUUUAUCUAUUUAUUUAUUUCAACACGUGAUAAGGCAUCACAUAUGAUGAGAUUGCGCAUAAGUACUCCUCCUGAAAGCCCUUUGGUCUUCAUCAACUCAGCACCCAAACCACUGUGGCUGUCACUCUGAAGAGGACUUUUGGGUAACGCGCCCUGACCCCCUCCCUGUGCGCAUGCGGCCACGCCCCAGCUCUUCAGCAUCGACUUCGCCGCACCCCCACCAGCCAACUCUCAGUCCGUGCAGGCCAGCAACUCGGCAGCACUUCUUGCAGCGCAACAGGUUGUGUCCCAUCACUGCCGCUCACAGCCAACGCGGUCACACCGCAGACCCAAAAUUCUUGUCUUUCAAAGCCGUAGUUUUUUUUCAUGCGCAUUGUGAAAAUCCACAGUAAACAUGAACCUAAGUCUUCCCGACCAAAGCAUGCACAACUCAUGUGAUGGCUGCUUAGAGGACGACAAGUCUGAUGUCAUGAUGCCCUGCUUUCGCAAAAACAUGUAUGAUGAGCCUCUGACCUCAUAUUCAAGCGGGUCCAUCAUUUCCCAACUCCUUCGAAAGUCAGUCCACAGCAAAAGGGUGCUGGACGAGAACAGUUUUUACCUCUCCACCGCUGCCGACUCCGGCCAGGAGGAUCAGAGCAGUGUCUCAUCAAAGGACAGCACGGUGGAGGCCACAUCCCCCACCGGACACACCUCUGCAGCAGCCAGCCCGGAGGAAGAGCCACCAUUGACCGAUUAUCUGCAGGCCAAGAGAGCCCGGGUGGAGAACAUUAUACGGGUCAUGACUGGUUCUCCGAACAGCAGGCAGCACGGAGACAACGAGAGGCCUGGGAGAGAGACGAGAGAGUCGUACAGGGAGAACAAGCGCAAGCAGAGAUUGCCUCAGCAUCAAGAACACGGUGCUGCAGGAGGACAGGUGAGCAGACAACCCAGCAGCAGAAACAGUGAAAACACCAACAUCAAAGAGGAAGAGUGCCACAAGCUGAAGGAGCAGCUGCACAGCAUGCAAAGGCUUCUUCAUCAGCUCCAGGAAAAGUUUAUGCAAGUUUACAACCAAGAAGAACCUGAAUAUGAAAAAAAUGACACUUUAGAUGCUGAUUCUGAUCAUGAGAAUGUGGAGGAAAACAACAAACCGUGCUACAUAAAUGCAGAAGAUGACUUUGAGAGGAAAAAAAGGAGAGUGACUGCAGAUUGUAAGGAUCAAAAGACAGGGAUUGGUUCCCUGGUACACCAAGGGGAAAGUCAGAGCCUACAGGAAACUCUGAAGAAAGAGCUCUCCAAGGCUGUCAAUGAUUGUGUAGACAGGGUGUUUAAGAAGGUCUCUUCGACAGGACCGGAUUUAUCUCCUCAGCAGCGUAUGUCCUCAUCACCCGAGCUACACAUCAGCUUACGUGCAGACAGAAAGGGCCAGCAGGGCAACUCCAACACUGAUCAGCCCCAGGCUGAAGAGGCAAGAGUGAAAUCGCAGCCGUUGAAGUUCUUUGAAAGCUCAGAGGCUCAGAGCCCGCAGGACCAGACAGAAGCAUUGUCGCUGGUUGUCCGCAAGCCAAUCGCAACUCCUGUGACCUCCAUCGCCCCGACAGUGAAGAGGCCUUACCCCAUACACCAGGCACCCUUUCAGUACAACUACAGCGCUCCGCUGCACGAAAGCCACAUUCUGGAGCACCUCCUCAAGUAUGGACCACACUCCAACUUCGCUGCUCUCUCCUGCAUGCCUCCAUCCAUGGACAGAACCUCCCCAGAAUCAGUGGAUCUGCCCUGGGACACCAUUUCCAUGAGGUCCAAGGUCUCCUCAUCUUUGGGGGCAGUGGCAGUUGAUAAUCUGUGCCUCCCCCACGUCAAAAUUGAGUGCGGCGAGCUUCAGAACAUGGCUGAAAGAAAUCCUUACAUGUCCCUCAAUAUCCAGGAGGGACUCACUCCCAGUCAUCUGAAGAAGGCGAAGCUGAUGUUCUUCUACACCCGCUACCCCAGCUCCAAUGUGCUGAAAACAUACUUCCCUGAUGUUAAGUUCAACCGCUGCAUCACCUCCCAGCUGAUUAAGUGGUUCAGCAACUUCAGGGAGUUUUACUACAUCCAGAUGGAGAAGUUUGCCAGACAGGCGAUCGCUGACGGCAUCAGGGACGUCAAAGACAUCACAGUCAGCAGAGAUUCCGAGCUGUUUCGAGCGCUGAACAUGCACUACAAUAAAGCCAACGACUUUCACGUCCCUGACAGGUUCCUGGAGGUUGCUGAAAUCACCUUACAUGAGUUUUACAACGCCAUCAGUGCAUCCAAAGAUUCCGACUCCUCUUGGAAGAAGUCCAUCUACAAAGUGAUUUGUAAGAUGGACAGUGAAGUCCCAGAAGAGUUCAAGACUUCCUCCUGCAUGUAGGCAGGGUGAAGGAUGGUGUACAGGGAAAGAGUGACUUUUUGCUUGGCAAUAAUAUAUUUAUUUGUUUCUUGUGGUGCAUUUUGAGUGUAAAAAUGAAAUUAAUAAAAAAAAAGUAUUUUUAAGCUUUAAAUUUAAAAAUCAGAAAUUUUCUUUUCUGCACUUAAAAAAGUAAAAUUAAGGAAAAAAGUAAAUGGUGAUUACCAGUAUUUUGUUUUUAUUUUUGUCUAAGCAGUGGUGGAAUUUGUAGUUGUCUAAAACGGUUACAAAAAUAAAAUCAUUCCUAGAGUAGAUUUUUGAUUUUUUUAUACGUCAGCAUCCAGAUUUUUGUCAUUUGUGUUUUAUUUCAUAGCUGUCAGUGUUGUUUCAGUGUAUUGUAGUUUUAUGUUAAAUGAGGUGUUUGAUAUUUGUUCUGUAAUGUAAGAUGAACUAAAUGAAUCUUUGUUCAACCCUUUUCGUAUAAACAUUGUACUGAAUGAGUGUUGAAAUUAAAGAUGCACUAAAUUAAA